CCUCCCCCGGACGAGAGACCAACAAGCCCGUCCGCCGUCGCAUGGCGAUACGCGUCCCGGUCCGCCGCUCCAAGCCGAUCUGCUUCCCCGUCCGCCGCCGCAGGCCGAUCUGCUUCCCCUCCGCCGCGGCACCUCUUUCCCCGCCCACCCCCUUUACCCCCCCUCCCCGAUUUCCUCCAUGGCAACUAACGGUCAGCUCGAAACUGGCAACCGCCGGUCAGCGUUGCUAUGUGAUCGUGGAGCUCGUCGAUGGUGGAGCUAUGGCAGUUAUCUCCCCACCCCGCAUGAUAAAAAGCAGCGGCAGUGGAGCGGACGACGGCUUCGUGCCUGCCCUCGGUGCGUGGUGAAGGGGCGGUGGCGGUCGACGUGAUUCGGCUGGGUGCGCGCGACACCGCGUGUGGCGCUGCUCCGACUCGCGGUGCGUGGACCAGGCCAGACUCGCCGCAUUCCGGUCACGACGCGCAUCCAGCUCUACUGCAACUGCCGCUUUUUAUCAUCCACGGUCACCUGCGACAUUCCACAUACAGGCCAGGUCUAAACAGAGAAGUUACCUGCCACACAACAAGGAAAUCUGGUUCAAGCUCUACUGUUGUUUUAUAGGAGGAAGUUGGAGGCGGCAUUCGAAAAUCCAGCAAGUUCUUCUUCUGGGUAUGAAAAAAAAAUGACUAUAGAUUUCGUGGUCUGCCAUUGCUUUUCUAUUUCUUUGUGUUCUUAUUGUAUCGGAUGGCAUGAUUGACAUCUAUUUCAAAAAGUCCAUAUACUUCAGCAAUUGACAGAUUUUGCUAUCAUACAAGUCAAUAACAAUAGGCAUCGAUUGCAAACUUUAGAGGUACUAUGCAUGUGUGUUAGAAUUUUAUUGAUUUGUAUCUAUCCUUAUUGCCACUCUAUUGCUUCCAAAUUUAAAUGUGACAUAUUUUGUUAAACUGUAUUAGAUGGCGCCAAUUAAUCUUAGACGUCAGCGAACAUUUGCAAACUUCACAAAAAACCCAGUUGAGCCUAGAUUCAUAGACUUCGACGACAUCGAAUAUUCUGAUACAUUCAGAACUUGUAGCAUCUGCGUGAGGGUAGAUGUCAAAUUCCCGGUUAAUCCGAGUGGUGAUAAGCUUCACUUCAUUCUUAUGGACAAAACUGGUGCCAAAAUCGAGGCUAUAGUUGCCGGAAAAGAUUUAGUGAAUAGAUUCAAUAUUACAUUGCACAUGGGUCGUAAGUACAUCAUUCAUGGUGUUACUAUGCGGCCUAACUUUGAAGAACUGGAGUGUAGAUACAUUCAACACACAUAUGAGUGUUCCUUCAACGCAAGGACAUUUGUUGAGUCUCUCUCACUUCAAUUUCCAACAUAUCCCAAGCAUUUGAUGCCGUUCCAAGAAGUUCAGAGGUGUCCAAGAAACACUUUCGUAGACAUAAUUGGCAUAGUCGUUCAUUAUGAUGGACAUGAACGCAUUGGGGGAUACCCAGGUGCUGAAAUACAUAGAGAGGUCACCUUCAUGGAUAUGUGGGGCAAACUUAUAGUUUUUGGGAUUUGGGGUGGCAACUUGAUUCAGAACUCAUAUAGGUGGUCAACAACUGAAGGCAAUAAAUCUAUUGUCCUUGCCACUAUGCUUCGUAAGGAUUGCAAAUACGGAAAUCUGGAAACUUCAAAUUACACCACCCUUGCAUUCAACCCGGAUCAUACUGCAGCACGCGCACUUGAUGAUAUUCGCCAGAAAAUAAUAGGUGGGUUGAUUGAUAUGAAGUUUGUUCAGCAAUUUAUUGAGUGGAGGUGGGCUUUCCUAGCAAGCGAGUUGUCUACAAAGGAUCCCCGACACAGGAUGUAUACAAAGAAAGCUCGGCGCAUGUAGUAGAGAUAGUAGACAUUGGUUAUGCCUAUUAUGCAUGAUUGUGUGUUUCAAUUUGUAAGUGUAGUUAUCACGUACUUGGUUUGUAUGUACUAUGUAGGUGACUGUUUCGUCAUAUUUGUUUGUGUCUAUGGUGUUUUAAGGGAUGUGCUAAUUUCACGGAUGAUUUAGUUAUUAUCUACAUUUAAAUACAAGUUUGUCCAUGUUCAUAGA